GGAUUUGGAUGUUGAUGUGGAGGUUGUGCUGUUCUGCGCGACUUCAAGAUCGCAACUUGGAACAUCCUACGAGCGGUGAUAAAAAGACGUACGUAUAAGGAAAUUCGUGAGGUAGACAUUGAGGUGCAGCCGUCCGAGACACGGAACACACUGUCCGAGGUUUUUCGAGACCGAGUCAGUGUUUUCACCACGAAUGUGGUAGCACACACUUCCUCUUGGCGCAGAGUGGGGCAGGCACCAAUAUGAAGGAUGGCCGUCUGAAGACUGCCGCAGUGCAUUUCGAAGUCUGACAGCAAGCAAGUGGUGGCCAGGUACGUGCAUUCACCGACGCUGUGUACAGAUAGAUGUUUGACGACGUGUAGACCGGCCAGACCCAGCUCAGGAUAGAAGAGAAUUGCGUGUUUUUUUCAGCACAAUAUUAAAUUCGUGUUCCAUAAAGGUAGUUACGUAUUAUGGAUUCUGCAAACAGUGAGGUGGCAGAAUUCUUCCGGGGCCGCUCCGUCCUGGUGACGGGUGCCUCCGGCUUCAUGGGCAAGGUGCUACUGGAGAAGCUGCUCUACUCUUGUCCUGAUCUGCGCGCCAUCUACAUUCUGUUGCGCACAAAACGCUACAAGACACCGGAAGUGCGCACAGAGGAGAUGCUAAAGAUUCCGUUGUUCAACCGUUUGCGGAAGGAAAAGCCAGGUGCACUACAGAAAUUGUUGCCUAUACAUGGAGACCUGACAGAAGAGGAGCUGGGUUUGAGUUCUGAAAAUAAAGCAAAACUCCAAGAGGAUGUGUCUGUAGUGUUCCAUUGUGGUGCUACUUUGCGGUUGGAAGCGAAACUGAAGGAUGCUAUCGAAAUGAAUACAACGGGCACUUGGAGGAUUCUUCAGCUGGCCCGCGGUAUGAAGGAACUCAAGGCUUUUGUGCAUUUGUCCACUGCGUUCUGCCACUGUGACCUGGAAGAAUUGGAAGAGAAGAUUUAUGAUUCGCCGGUGGAUCCUCAUGACGUCAUGAGGUGCGUCCAGUGGAUGGACGAGACAGCUCUAAAUUUGGUAUCUGACAGGCUGAUCGCUCCGCACCCCAACACUUACACCUACAGCAAAAGGCUGGCGGAACGACUUAUUAGCAGUCAGUUUCCUGAUUUGCCGGUCGCUGUGGCAAGACCUGCUAUUGUGACCCCGACGUGGAAAGAACCCAUGCCCGGCUGGGUAGACAGUCUGAACGGUACCAUCGGACUGCUGGUGGGGGGUGGCAAAGGUGUGAUUCGGUCCAUGCACUGCAAUGGCGAAUACCAAGCCAAGGUGGUGCCAGUGGACCUCGCCAUCAAUUGUCUAGUGGCCAUCGCUUGGCGAACAGGGACUUCUGAAAAUAGAUUGAGCGAGAUUCCCGUGUACAACAUUACAUCAUCCGAUGUGAAUAUCGUCACUUGGCGUGAGGUGUUGGACAAAGGGCGUAAGGUGGUGCACGAAAACCCCUUCGAGAUGACGAUCUGGUACCCUGAUGGCAACAUCCGCAAUAGCAAACUAAUGCACAACCUCUGCGUCAUCUUCCUUCACUUCCUGCCUGCGUACUUCAUAGACUUCCUGCUCCUCAUAUGCGGACAGAAACGCUUCAUGGUUCGUCUGCAGCACAAGAUCCAAGAUGGCUUACAAGUUCUUCAGUACUUCACCACCAGACAGUGGCAGUUUCGCACUACCAAUGCAUCCGCGUUACAAAAACAAAUGAACUCUGUGGAUCGCGAGAUAUUCUUCACUGACACUGAAUCAAUGGACAAUGACGAGUACCUUGUCGAUACUGUGCUGGGGGCGAGGCAAUAUUGCCUCAAGGAACCGCUCAGCUCCCUGCCUCGUUGUAGACGUAACCUCAAAAUCCUGUAUGUCGUGGACCGAGUGUGGAGCGCAAUAUUCUACUUGUUACUUGCCUGGGUGGUCUUCACGUGCUUCAAGACCACGCAUCGCCUGUUAGAUAUUGACGUCUACUACAUCAGUAAUAUGCCUAUGGUACGGAGUUUGAUAGCUCUCAGCGACGUGUAACACCCAAUAUCAGCAUUGGUCAUUUCACGGCACUGCAUCAAACGCAAAGGUUGUUUUGCGUCAUUUAAGAAACUUCUAUAAUUCUCAGUACAUGGAAAAAGAAAACACUUAUAGAUGCUUUGUUUGGUUAUUUAACGAUGUUUUAUGAACUGUGGACGUAACAUCGCACAGAUUAAAUGAUGGGCGGUAGGGAAAUUGUGGGUUGGGUAAUUCACUGGAAAGUUGCUUAGACGACUUAAACCAUUAUCUUCGAGUUUCUGUAAGGGAAUCAAAUGGUGUGAGAUAAUAACCUGAUACUCGCUUGGAGGAUCUGAGUAAAACUGUGGUAUUUGGGGUAUAUGGGUAGAAUUGUAAACUGGAUUAAACCUGCCUUCAAAACGACUCAAAAUAUAAGCUUUAAAUUCUUGUGUGCUUUUAAUUUUAAGAAAACUGCUACAGCUAAUGACUCGUUAAGUUUCCUGACCUGAGUUUAUUUGUGAUGGUGGGAUAUUCUAUACGGUCUGAAACCGAUAACUAAGCCAGCAGAGGGGACCAAAACACAGAAAGUAAUCGUAAAUUUACGUUUAAUAAUUUGUGUUUAACUUUAGGGAAGGGAAAGAUACAUCGUUUUUGUGACUCAUAUAGGCAGAAAAUAACAGAGAAUUUAUAUUAAGUUGCUUCUGUUUUCAGUUUAACCUGUUUACACAUCAGUAUGUUUUAAAUUCUGGAUUAAUAUUUUCUCUACACACAAAAUGCAUAAUAUAGCCUACAUAAUCUUG